AUGGAAGCUUCUGUCAAUGAAAUGUUUGAGAAAUAUACCGUGGAUGAGAUACGACUUAUCUGUAUGGAAAUGAGAAACGACAUUGAAAGCAAAAAGAUGGAACUCCGCUUUCUAGUUGGUGAACGUCACCGCGAUGUCAUCGAGGCUUCUGAUAACAUUCUCCACAUGAAUGAAUUCAGUCAUAGUAUAACUGAAAAACUCGAGCAAUUGGAAAAGUGCUGCGCGUAUGAAUCCCUUGCGCUAGCAAACUCAUCCCGUUUAAAGCAUCGUCUUUCAGGAAACCCUAAGUGGCUGAUUGCAUCCCAGCUGAAACUUUUACUUGACAUUCCCGAAAUGGUUUGGUCGGCUUUAGAUGAGAUGAAUUACACUGGAGCUGUUGAGUACUUCCUUCUUGGACGCUAUCUCUCAAUAAAGAUGCGUCUCACCGGGGAGGCCGCAGCUACCCACGUAAAUCCACGUGUCUUGGUCAAACGCCAGUGGGCAGCUCUGGACGACAUUGAAAACACUAUAGCCUCAGCUUGUCGCAAGCAACUAGCAUUUCCGACUGUUUCCGACGAUGUGAGCUUGAGUCCUCUCAUUGUGUAUUACUUAGUAGUAUUCCUUCUUUAA